UACAGAUUUUAUGGUCCGUUUUAGCCAUAAUUGUUGAUGAAAUACACUCCGUCCAAACACAACACCGCCAUAGUAUCCACAGCUAUGUAUUUCCUUGUUAGCUAACAGUUACAUAGAGAGAAAAGUCUUUAUUUCAGUCAACAAAGGCCGCUCUGAUACGAGGUGAAAUGAGUUCAUUGCUCAGCAAUAGAAGCGGCAGCGCUGGUUUUGAGUGUCUUGUGUUUGUCGCUAGAUGGCAGAAGAAGUCAAGUUUUCUAGGGGAUUAACGGGGUCGUGUAUCGUGCUGCUGCAGCCUGGGUUAUUUUGUAAUAUAACAUCAAGUGCAAACCAUGAAAUGGCAUUUAAAAGCAAAACGGUUGAGUCGAAGACCGUGCUCUUCAAUCUGCUGCUAUGUCUGGUCAUAUUUUACUCUCUUUUCUACAUGAUUGGGAGUGUGUGCUUCGGUGCCUUCAGGUUGGAUCACUUUGACGGACUUAUUCCAUUUGACUUCAAGACCGAACCUGCUGAAUCCAACUCCAAAUACUUGGUGAACCUCCUGGCCCUUGAGCUCACCUACUUUUGCAGUGGCCUUUUGUUUGCUGCAGUGGUGAGGAGGCGGGUGUGGGACUAUGCCCUCACUGUCACAUUUCUGCAUGUAAUGAUCACCAGCCUAGUGAUGUUGGAGUUUCCCAUGGUGUGGCAGUGGUGGCUGGCUUUAGGUAGCGGCUUGUUUCUGAUGAUCUGCAACGGUCAGCUGAUAGCUUACUUCACCUGCCAGAGUGACCAGAGCUACGCCUCCUUCAGCAUCUACUGACAGACAGGAAGCUAGGUACUGUUUCAUAAAUAGUCUUGUGAAGUGAGGUAGAAAGGAUCAGACCAGAUGCUCUCAUCCUGGAGACAUCCAUUAGACUCUCCACAUUGAUGGGCUUUUUGUGUUUGUCACACAAAAAAGACUCCUCACUAUAUCCUCACCCUCACACAUAAAGUCAGAAUUGGGUCCAAUUUGUUGCCAACAGACUGGCAUCCUAUUGUUUUUAUGUAAAUGCCACAAGAUGUUCUCUGUAUUUUGCUUGUGAUGCACAAUGCCU